ACCCUUUCAGUUCCACAGGUACCUGCUAUUUCAACAACAACAACAGCAUUACCAUACAGUUCCACAAUAUGUCGGCAGAACCCACAACUGGUACUGACUAAGAGGGAUAACUGCGCACAGUUCUACAACUGUUCCCGCCCCAACAGCCUCUUGGGUUCUUUUGUUGAUGAGUGUCCAGUUGGAGAAUUGUUUCAUUCCACAAAAAGACAAUGCCUGUCUCACCAGGAAGUUGUGUGCCAGGGGCGGUACGAACCUAAGCAAGUUUGUAAGCUGUUGGUUACACUGAAUAUUUUCUGUCUAAAUUAUUUCAGAUGUGGACCUCAGGAUAUUGGAGUCGAAUUUUCCGGUGUCACUUUUAAAAUGGAGGAAUGUCCAUAUCCAUUACUGUUUAGCAAUGGCUUGUGUCACAGUUACAAGACUCUGAGAAAAUGUUCUGAAAACGUCAGCAGAUGCAUAGUGGACUCAGCAGACACAUGCCCAGACAACCCCCAGCACACCUGCAUUCCAUGUGAGCUGCGUUACCCAAGCUGCCUGGGAGCUCCGGAUGGAUUAAUGCACUAUCCAGGACGCUUGUUCACCCCAGAUUUUAUCAAUUGUGAUCAAGGCAGGACCCUGUCCAUUCUCAAAUGUGUUAGAUCUGUUUUUGAUCCUGAUGCUAGGCGCUGUGGUCUUAAACUAGAAACUGUUGUAACAGAAGCACAAAGGAACACUGUCAGCUUCUGUAGAAAGUAUCCUCAAGCAAUAAUUCCACACCCUACCCACUGUGGCCAGUUUUUCAACUGUUCACACCCAGCAGAAAGGGGUCUCCAGGGCAAGCCUCACUUGCAGGAGUGCCGGUACCUGCGGCUGUUUGACAGUAAUGUCAGGUCCUGUGAGAACUUUAUCAAAGUCCUGAAGACCACCGGCUGCGGUACUAAAUUCCAGCCUAAACAUUAUUGUGACCAAGCAUCUGUAUGUCCAAGCCCACAGUUCCCCACGUGUGACCAGUGCAGGAAGGCCCUGCCCAGCUGUGAAAACCAAACCAACGGCAUUCAUGGCAAUCCACCAGGUGGUGGCAUUACACGAGGAUUUAUGUACUGCGUCGAAGGCCGCGUCCUGGCUACGUCACUGUGCUCUUCGGGAACCAUGUACCACGAAUCAAAGAAAUUGUGUCUGGCUAGUUCCCAAUCGCCUGGGCGGAGGUGA